AUGUGUAGAGUUUCAGCUUCAAAGCAGCCAGAGUUUGGAGGCACCCGUCGGAGGCGCCCAGCUGGUGCUCUUGUCAAAUUUGCUUCGUGGAACGUCAGGACUUUAGUGAACAUCGAUGGCCCGGUUUCAACUGCUGCUCGUGGAAAGCGCGUCGUGGAAGACAAGAAAAUCAACAUCGUUGUCAGUGAACUUCGUCGGUACGAAAUAGAAGUGGCUGGAUUCCAGGAGUCGAAGUGGUUUGGUAAAGAUAUAUUCCGUGUCGAGGAUGCAAUUGUUCUCACGUCAGGUCGCGCCAUCCCAACGGACGAUUUCAAACGAGGCGAAGGAGUUGGAGUCGUACUACGCGGACGCGCACAGCAAGCGUUCGUAGCAGGGGGAAAUCAGUGGUCUGCUGUCUCAUCGCGUGUCGCACGCUGCAAGCUAAAGUUCGGUGACAUUUGGGUCCACGUCGUGGUGUGCUACGCACCGACUUUCCGGUCCAGUCGCGAUGCAAAGAACGAUUUCUUUGACUCUCUUCAGGAAGUUAUUCUGUCCGUACCCACCCAGGACUCCUUGAUAAUCUUGGGAGACUUCAACGCUAGAGUUGGAGCUGAAAUUUGUGACGAUGGCUGGUAUGGAACACGUGGCCCACAUGGUGUUGGCACUGUCAAUGAGGCUGGCGCUGAGCUUCUCCAGUUUUUAGCGUGCAACAGCCUUACUGUGUGCAACACCUGGUUCAUGAAACGUAACAUCCACAAGUGUACCUGGCAACAUCCCCGCUCGAAGCGGUGGCACUGCAUCGACUAUGCAAUGGUCCGGGAACAAGACCUGUCCAACUGCAUGGAUUGCCAUGUCAUCAGGGGAGCUGAGUGUAGUACAGAUCACAACCUUGUGUGUCUCACAUACCGCAUCCGCUCAUCUGCUUGCCACAAGCGUGCAAAAAGACCUGUCAAGUUUGAUGUGCAACAACUUGUCAAACACUCCUGCAUGACGGAAGCGCAGAGAGCUGCAACCUGUAAAACUCGUGAACAAUAUGCGACGUCUGUUGCGUCAGAGUUACGAUCCUGGAAUCAUGAUGGCUGCGUUGAGGACAAAUGGUCUGCCGUCAAAUCUGCUAUCGUCACCAGCGCUGAGAAGCAUCUUGGCCGUCCACGUCGUCGCCAGCCUGAUUGGUUUGAAGCGUGUGCUGAUGUUCUUGCACCUAUGCUGGAUAGCCGCAAUGCCUUACAUCGCAAAUGGCUCGCCUCUGGUUCUGACGCUGACAGGCGUCGCUUUGUCGAGGCUCGUGGCAAGUGCAGAACUGCCGUGCGUAACGCAAAGAGUGAGUGGAUUGGACGUAAAGCUAAUGUGGUUGAGUCAAGUCGGUUUAGUGGCAAGCACGCAUGGUCUGCAAUCCGUGAUAUACAGAAGUGCUAUUCGGGAUUAUCACCUAUCUCCAUCCCAUCCAUCCGUGGCAGUGACGGAGUUAUCUGUAGCUCCCAGGAGGGGCAAGAGAAAUGCUGGCUGCAGCAUUUUGCCCGUCUAUUGAACGUUCGCAGCACCUUCGAUGCUACCAUCUUUGACCACAUUGAGCAGCGUGAAGUUGAUGAGUCACUCGGCCAACUUCCCUCGCUAGAGGACCUCACUAUGGCUAUACGCCAGCUGGCUAAUUGCAAGGCUCCUGGCUCAUCUGGAAUUGCACCUGAACUGCUUAAAGCUGGUGGUACACCAUUGCUUGAGGCUCUGCUUGAUGUUAUUCACACUGCAUGGACCAACGGAACGGUUCCCCAGGAUUGGCGGGAUGCCCAACUCGUCCCGAUUCCCAAAAAGGGUGACUUGACCAACUGCAACAACUGGCGCGGCAUUGCCCUCCUAGAUGUCGCUGGCAAGGUUUGUGGCCGUCUCAUUCAGGACCGUCUCCAACUUGUCGCGGAACAAGAACUUCCAGAAUCCCAGUGUGGCUUUCGCCCUGGUCGCGGCUGCGCUGAUGCCAUCUUUUCCAUUCGCCAGCUCAUCGAGAAAUCGUACGAGCACCGUCAGAAGCUGUUCUGUGUCUUCGUAGACCUGAAGAAAGCAUAUGAUUCCGUACCACGCCAAGCACUCUGGCUAGCAUUGGGGAGGCUAGGCAUUCCUGAAGGGCUCCUCAAUCUAAUCCAAUCGUUCCACGAGAGCAUGCAGGCAGCUGUGCGCGUCGGUGCCAGCACUACCGAGCCGUUUGCGGUCAACAAUGGCCUCCGUCAAGGCUGUGUGAUGGCCCCAGUACUUUUUAAUCUGUACUUCGGUGUUGUGCUUGAGCGGUGGGCACAAAUGAUGCAGGACAGCGACCAUCCACCUGGCAUCCCCAUCCAAUUUAGCAUCAAUGGCAACCUUUUCUCAAAGCCCGCUCGCCAGUCUACUGCCGCAAUCAUCAACGACAUUGAGUACGCAGAUGACGCGGUCUUGCUCGCUGAAGACCGCCCUGGUGCUGAGAAGUGCCUUGAAACAUUCUGCACGGUUGCCUCUUCCUUUGGCCUCUGCGUCAACGCUGCUAAAACGAAAUUUCUCGUGGCAGGUAGCCAAGUCAACAUGCCUGAUAGAGCCGAUAUGAACGUCAACGGUGAUACUGUGGAGCACGUUCCAUCCUUCAUUUAUCUGGGGUCCGUCGUGACACCGGAUGCCCGCUCCUCUACUGACGUCAGUCGCCGCAUAGCUGAGGCUUCCAAAGCCUUUGGAGCUCUUCUUCCAGUCUUGUCGGAUCGCUCGCUGUCAUUAGUCAGUAAGCGAAAGCUAUACGUGGCCUGUGUCUUGUCCAUUUUGCUGUACGGCAGUGAGUGCUGGACGCCCUUGAAAGCUGAUAGUAGACGUUUGGAUGCCUUUCAUCAUCGCUGCAUCCGCACAAUAUUAGCCAUCCCUCGCAGUCAGCAGCAAUCCGAUCGCAUCACGUCUGCGCAGUUACGUCGUCACUGGGGUGACCCAGUGCCACUCUCUGUUAAGAUGCGCCAUCGUCGUUUAGAGUGGCUUGGUCAUGUGGCUCGGAUGUCGGAGGACCGUGUCCCAUUGCAGCUGUUGUUUGGUCGUUUGUUGGCUGCGCGCCCCUUCUGCGGUCCCAGGCGUAGGUGGAGAGACGUUGUGGCUACUGACACGAAGUCCAUUCCAAACUGGUUUGAUUGCGCACAAGACCGGUCAGCUUGGCGAGAGCAGGUUCUGGUUUUUCAGCCUCCUCGGGCAGUAGAGAAAUCCGUACUCUGCUCAUCUUGCAACCGGGCUUUCUCUCGUCCUCAAGACAAGGCACGGCACAAGUGUUUGGCUGAGCGCCAACUUCCCGUCCACCAACAGCGUGGUUCAGCACAGUGCGUCAGUUGCUGCCGAUGGUUCCGUAGUAAGGGUGGGCUUGCAGUUCAUCGCUGCCAGCCUGCACUCCCUGAACAUGCAGAUACGGCAUUGACGGCGUCUCUCGCUAGUUGCUGCUUCCAGCAUUGUCAACGCUGCAAUCGCUGCUUCAAGUCCCGGGCUGGUUUUAACCGCCAUAACUGCAACCGUGGAAAACGUCUUGCUGCAGCCGAUAGGGAAUCACUGCCGCUGAUCUGCAUGCAUUGCCCGAAACGUUUCCGACGACAGCAAGAUUUGACGAGGCACCAGAAGUCCUGCCAAUGACGGUGCACUCCAAACUCUGGCCCCCUCCGGGGGUGACAUUGCCCAAUGGGCAGUCAUGCUAUAGUAGUAGUAGUAGUGUGUGUGUGUGUGUGUGUGUGUGUGUGUGUGUGUGUGU